UGGGAUCAAAGCCAGCUAUAUAAAGUCCUUGAUUCUGUGUGGGUUCAAACACAUUUCAAAGCUUCGGGAUCCUGAAAGGUUUCGCUCUGCUUCCUGAAGACCUGAACACCACUCCCACAAGGCCAUGGCUUGUGUUGGGUUCCGGAGGUGUGCGGCUCGGCUGGACCCGGCUCCCAGGACCUGGCCCUGCACUGCCCUAUUUUCUCUCCUCUUCAUCCCCGUCUUCUCCAAAGGGGUGCACGUGGCCCAGCCCGCCGUGGUGCUGGCCAGCAGCCGGGGUGUGGCCAGCUUUGUGUGUGAGUACGGGUCUUCAGGCAAAGCCGCCGAGGUCCGAGUGACAGUGCUGCGGCAGGCCGGCAGCGAGAUGACUGAAGUCUGUGCCGCGACGUACACGGUGGAGAAGGAGUUGACCUUUCUAGAUGAUUCCACCUGCAGCGGUACCUCCAGUGGAAACCAAGUGAACCUCACCAUCCAAGGGCUGAGGGCCAUGGACACGGGGCUCUACAUCUGCAAGGUGGAGCUCAUGUACCCGCCGCCCUACUAUGUGGGCAUGGGCAACGGAACCCAGAUUUAUGUCAUCGACCCAGAACCAUGCCCAGAUUCUGAUUUCCUCCUCUGGGUCCUGGCAGCAGUCAGUUCCGGGUUGUUUUUCUACAGCUUCCUUAUCACAGCUGUUUCUUUGAGCAGAAUGCUAAAGAAAAGAAGUCCUCUUACUACAGGGGUCUAUGUGAAAAUGCCCCCAACGGAGCCAGAAUGUGAAAAGCAAUUUCAGCCUUAUUUUAUUCCCAUCAAUUGAGAGACCAUUAUGAAGAGGAAAGACAAUUUUCCAAUUUCUAAGAGCCGAAGUAACUCUAACUUUUUGCUAUCCAGCUAUGUUUGUUUGUUUGUGUAUUUUGGGAGGAUUCACCUCUCUUUGAUAUAAAGCUGGAUGCAGAACCCAAAUUAAGUGUAAUACAAUUUAAAGCAAGGGAGCAGGAAAACAGAGCCGGGAUGUUUCUGUCACAUCAGAUCCAAUUUUAGUAAAAGCAUCACUCGGGAGCAAUACGGGGAUGCAGCCUUGUGAUGUGGGAUCAAGGAUACAAGUUAGGGAAUGGGACAGUCCAAAGAAAGCAAAGGAAGAGUGUAAGGGAGAGGACAAUAUUGUACACACCUUGUACUUAUAUGUGAGAGUCUAUAGCUGAAAUGAUGUUUUCACGUUAAAUUUUUAUGCUGUGUUAUUUUUCUUACCAAAUGUAUAAUUAUAUGAAGACUUUAAAAAUACUCAUAUGGCUAUAUUUUAGCCAGUGAUUCCAAAGGUUGUAUUGUACCAAUAUGUAUUUUUUAUUUGAUAAUAUUGUGCAUGGGGCCACAUGUGCUUUUGUGUAUUUGCUGAUGGUUUGAAUAUAAACACUAUAUGGCAGUGUCUUCCCACCAGGGGUCAGGGGAAGCUUUGUGGAAGGGCUCAGGACACUAAUACACCAGGUAGAAUACAAGGUCACUUGCUAACUGGCUUGGAAACUGGACGCGGUCAUAGCCGAUUCUUGCAGACCUCUUGGGCUGAAUUGGUGUUGACAUGUGCUUUGGGCUUUUAUCAGCUCCUUUCAAUGGUUUGCAAGGAAGCCAAUGUGGGUGGUAUCUGAAUUAACUCGACGGAACACUGCUGUUGAGAAGAUGGCUCAUUCCAGGAGUCCUGUAGUUAUGAACUUCAAGGAGGCUCCAGUUCCUCAGGGCCCCAAUUCCCCACACAUGGUUAAUGCCACGGACAGAAAAAAGCAGCAGGUGACAGAGUGGGGUGACGAAGAU